AUGGUCGCUCUUCAAGUGGCAUCUGUGCUAGCAGCACCAGCUGAGUCGCUGGUCGAUAGCUUGGGUGCUAAGAGGAGCGUAUUUGAGCUCUCUGACGAUCUUGUCAGCACACCUGGCGGGUUUUUCUUAAGAUCCAAGGUCCACGCUGUCCCGGAGGGCGCUCUGGUCGCUCACGAUAAAGAUGUCAUUCACAUAAUUUCCUCAAAUGGGACAACACUCCAUACAUCAACCUUUACCCCAAGCAACGGAGUUGGUUGUCAUAAUAUCUCGCCCGCUGCUCGUCGCUCAGCACAAUUUAAAGAGGGCUACGUUGUGACGCCUUCUUGGCACAACACGGGCCCUAGUCCCGUUGCAUCUUUCACGACUACCUGGAAGGUCCCACCCAUCCCAGAAACUGUUGAUGGACAAAUUCUUUAUCUGUUCAACUCCAUCGAGCCCAACACCUUCCAAUCCGUUAUUCAGCCUGUGCUCCAAUUCGGUACCACACCUGCUGGUGGAGGCGACUACUGGGCUAUCGCAUCUUGGUUCGUUGUAGGCUCAGAUGUGUUUUACACCCCUCUCACCCAAGUUUCCCCCGGACGGUCACUCACUGGAGUUAUUACGCUGCAACAAACAAUGAAGGACCUGGAUACCGGUAACAUAACCGGGUUCAUUUACAACUCUGUUUUUAAAGGAGUUCCUAUCUCGUCGUUGACAAUCUCAGUGGGCGAUGAAUUGACAUGGCUUCAAGAGUCUUUGGAGAUCCACGGCCCCACUCAACCCAGCAAACUUCCGCGAGGAAAAACAGUAAUGGGUUCUAUCAACAUCAUGAACCAGGACGGACAAAUACCCAAUGUUACAUGGUCGCCUUGCAACUUCACUGGAGUAACAGACACUGCUGAUGGAUUUUGUUUGGUGGUAAAAGAUAUCGAUUCACGACGUAACUAUACACCUGUACCUACAGUAGCUACGGAACCUGUAGUAGAAUGA